AUGAAUCCCAAUGACCUUCGUCGCCCAAACUACCAUCGUCACGGCGAUGGUAAGUCUGGUGAACCCCUUCUUUUCAAGGAGGAUGACCCUGAGCGCGGUCGCGCUGGCUAUUCGCCCACCAGCGAUAGCGGACGACGAUCUAGCCAGGGAUCAAGGGCGUCCAGCGAAGAUGAUAUCCCCUAUCAUCCGAAUGAGAUGAUGGCUCGACCAAGUAUGAGCCGACGAUCUACAAUGCGCAGUCGAAGCCCUCAAACCGCUGCCGAAACUGCCGCGGACUCGACCAAGCAGAGGUACACGUACGCAGGAUUCUUCCUUAUCGUUAGCUUGAUCGCAUUUUGCGUCCAGACAGAGCUGAGCGCGCAUAUUCAGCAUGACCUUGGUUGGGACAAAGCAUAUUGUAUGAUGUAUUUCACUCACGGUUCCUGGGUUGUUUUGUGGCCAAUUCAGCUCCUUAUUCUGCGCUUUCAAAAGCGCGAUGUGCCAUGGCCUGUCUUCUGGAAAAGACACAAGCACCAAUUGCGCACCACUGCCAUUAUGAUUGAGAAGCAGACCCUCGAUGUAUUCCAUAUUUCGAUCCAGCACCGCGCUCGGCCUGUUCGUUACUUUGUUCGUUUCACCGCUAUUAUUACUUGCGCCCUGACUGUCGCUGGGUUGAGUUGGUACAUUGCUGUUAGUCUGACGACGCCUUCGGAUCUGACGGCGAUCUACAACUGCUCCGCCUUUUUCGCAUACGUUUUCUCUGUUCCACUACUUCACGAGCCACUGCGUCUCGACAAAUCGGUUGCUGUCCUUAUUGCCAUUGCCGGUGUUCUCGUCGUUGCUUACGGUGACACUAAGGAGGGAGCUGAGAGUGUCGAAGCCGGCAACAGAUUCUUUGGUAACCUCGUCAUUGGUAUCGGUUCUGUUCUUUAUGGCCUCUACGAGGUCUUGUACAAGAGAUAUGCUUGUCCACCCGAGGGAUGCUCUCCCGGACGAGGCAUGAUUUUCGCCAACACUUUCGGCUCUUUGAUCGGUCUUUUCACCCUGACAGUCCUUUGGAUUCCUCUUCCACUCCUUGAUUUCUUAAACAUCGAAAAGUUCGAGAUACCCGAAGCCUCGACCUGCUGGCUCAUUCUUCUUGCUGUUCUUUCCAAUGCCACUUUCAGCGGUUCAUUCCUCGUUCUUAUUUCCCUGACAUCGCCUGUCCUGUCGUCGGUGGCUGCGCUUCUCACCAUCUUCCUCGUCGCGAUCGUUGAUUGGAUGAUCACUGGAGAGCCAUUGAGUUUUGCCGCCAUUGUCGGAGGCGCCAUGAUCAUCAUAGCCUUCUUGGCCCUAACUUGGAGUACCUAUCGAGAGAUGAAGGAGCAUGCGGCGAGGGAGCCUGUUGCCGACUUUACAGACAGUGACAAGGACGGCGACAUUGACAGCGAUGACGAUUAA